AUGAGCGACGAGAAGCCGGAAAAAGAGACGGAAGAGCAGCAGUAUGCGGAGAAGCCGAGCAUGAGAGCCGCCCAGCAGACUUAUGAGGUUCAGGUCGAGAUUGACGAUACGCCCGACGUAAGUUAAUGGAAGAUGGAACCCUAUACUAGGUUUUGAUGAAACUUCACAAAAAUUGAUGCACUUUUUGAAACGGAAAUGAUAUUUGACCGACUCUAACCAUCAGUUCACUUUUGCAGACGGCGUUCUCGUGGCGCAAGCUGUGGUCGUUCACCGGUCCCGGUUUUCUCAUGUCCAUCGCGUACCUCGACCCGGGAAACAUUGAAAGUGACCUGCAGGCGGGCGCUGUCUCCUACUUCAAACUCAUCUGGGUCCUUAUGAUGGCUCACAUCAUGGGUCUGCUCCUGCAGAGACUCGCCGCCCGUCUCGGAGUCGUCUCCGGGAAGCACAUGGCCGAAAUCGCAUUCUCGUACUACCCGAAGGUCCCGCGCCUCAUUCUGUGGAUGCUCGUGGAGUCGGCGAUUGUGGGAAGUGACAUGCAGGAGGUCAUCGGCACCGCCAUCUCGUUUUAUCUGCUUUCGAAUGGAGUGUGAGUUGAGGGGAUAGCAAAAAAUAACUUCUGUUUCAUGAAUUUCUUACUAUUCGAUUCAUUCUAUCCAGACGUUUUUUCGUUGCGAAAAUAGAGUCGAUUCAAAGCGAUAUAUCUCGGCUGCCGAUAGAGAUAUCAAAAAGUUGUCAACAAAUAAAAUGUUCGCUAAAAUAUUUUACACAUUUUAUCAGUUGACAACUUUUCGAUAUCUUCAGCGGCAGCUGAGAUACAUCGCUUUGAAUCGACGGUAUUGUUGAGAGUGUUGAUUUUCUGAACGCAACAAAGAAGAGAAAUCAGUGAUAAUUCGAUUCGAACCGAACCUGUUCAAACGUUUUUGAAACUUGCAAAAAUUGGAGAUUUCUCUGUUUCAACUCGUUCUGAACACCAUGAAAUUUGCAGAAUUCCGCUGUGGGCGGGAGUGCUCAUCACCAUCUUCGACACGUUCACAUUUUUGUUCCUCGAAAAGUACGGAGUGCGAAAGUUCGAGUUCUUCUUCUGUUUUCUCAUCACCUGCAUGGCGGCCACUUUCGGAUACGAGUUCGGCAGAAGUGCGCCCGACGCCGUACGCUUUUGAAGCAAACAGUGUCGUCUAGUAGUAAUCCUUUUGGUUUUCAGGGUAAAAUGUUCUCUGGAAUGUUCGUUCCGUGGUGUACGGGGUGCGACAACAACAUGAUGAUGCAGGGAGUCGCGAUCAUCGGAGCCGUCAUCAUGCCGCACAACUUUUAUUUGCAUUCCGCCCUCGUCAAGGUGAGCGAAGAGCAGAGAUCAGUGAUCAAAAUGAUAACGAAUCGAACUUUGGUUCUUUCAAUCUGAGGGGGACACCGUUUUAAUGGCUUACAGUCACAAUUGACUGUUUUCGGAUUCUCAACUGGCUGGACGAAGCCUAGAAAACAUUGAAAAGUCCAAUACAAGUUUGAAAACUAUGUAAAAGCUGCUCACAAAUGUCAGAGCGCCAGUCAGAUCCAGGAAUACAGUAGCCAAAAGUGUUGUCUCCCCAAUGGCUAAUGCUAAAUUGAGCGCCGCGUUAAAACGGAGUGUCGUUGAAAACAAAAGCAGGUCUCUGAAAUUUCUGGAUUUUUUUGCGAAAACUCGAAAUUUCAUCCGAAAAUAAGGAAAAUUAGGUAAAACAGGGAUUGUCCGAAUAGCUUACGACAGCUGUGAUCUGAAAUUAGCGUUUUGCCCACAAGAAACAGCGCAUUUUUCAUUUUUCUGUGAAUUUCAGUCCGGCACCUCAAAAACUGAAAUUUCUCAGUGAUUUUUGCAUUUUAUGGGCCGUCUCUGUGCUCAAAAUGACCGCCUUUGUCUGCUAAACAAUCGUGGGGCAACUGUUUUUCGAUUCUGUCAAUUGUUUUUUCAAAACUUCCGAAAGUUCGUUUUUUCAAGCCAAAUUUAAAAAAAAACGGAAUUACUCUUCGUAUUUUCACUUUUACACGAGCACUCUGUAAUCAUUUUGAAGCUAUCGAUCAUAUGAACAAACGUGAGCCAAAAGUUUUGAAGGAAAAGUGUGCAUAAUCCGAAAAACCCGGGAAAACAUCGUUUUCAGUUGAAAAACCGUGUCCCGUAAAUCGACACUGAGAGCCGAAAAUUUUUUUGGCCGAAGGGGAGACAGUGCUUCUUAAAAACCAUGUUUCCAGAGCCGAAAAGUGGAUCGUCGUCGUGCGGACAAAGUGACGGAGGCGAACAAGUACUUUUUCAUCGAAAGCGCCUUCGCCCUCUUCGUCUCGUUCAUCAUCAACACUCUUGUCAUUUCGGUGUUCGCGCAGGGAAUGUUCGGAAAGACCAAUCACGAUAUUGUGAGUUUUUGGGGUCAAAGAGGUACCGUUUUAUGGAUUAUACUCGGAGUCUUCGGUAGCGAAAAGGGUUGGUGAACAGAGAGCUGUUCAAGCCGGUUAAAAUUAGACUUUUGCGCUUUCUUGACCGUUUUCCGACAGAAUUGGUUUUUAGAAUGAUAAAUCACGUAAAUACAAGCAUUUUGAGCGCUCAAACCGCGAAAACUACCGAAAAGCAACUGAAAUUCACGCAGUUUUAGCCAAAAACCUUCAAACGGAUAAAUGUGAUUUGCGACUUGACCAAAUUUGGCGCUCUUGCGCUUUAAAAAUUCGUAAUAGCCUAUACAAUCGGUCUAUCGAGAGACAAAUGAGAAAUUAUCGGUUUUUCGUGGCUAAUCUGGCAAAAAACACAAAUUUUGCUGUUAAAAUUUGAAUUUCGCGCCAAUGUAUCGCUCUAUUGGGCAGGGCGCACUUGCGCGCCCAUUGUCAGCUCUGGAGACCGUGCACCCCGAACUAAAAUAGGCCCUUGCCCAACCGCUGUCUUCUUCCCCUACCCUGGAACUCUCUUAAACUGGUCUUUAUCUACCGAGUAACAGAAAUAAAGGAACGGAAGUAAGUGGACAAAGUGAAACAGUCACUACUGAACUCAACUCGAUCCGAUUUGCAGAGACAAGAGUGCUACAACAACACGCACAACGGAAUGCCGGACUUUUACAAAGUCGAAUUCCCGGACGAUUCGGACGCCGCGCAGUCGGACAUCUACCACGCGGGCAUCUUCCUCGGCUGCACGUUCGGCAUCUUCGCACUCUACGUGUGGGCCGUCGGCAUUCUCGCCGCCGGACAGUCUUCCACAAUGACCGGCACUUAUGCGGGACAGUUUGCGAUGGAGGUCCGUCAAAUAAUCACACUUUUUUUGGCAACAUUGCUCAAUUUCUCAACGCGACAAAAGUUGCGCUAAUUUUAAGCAAAUUCCUUGCCAUCUACACGCUUUUUAAAGUUCUAUUUUCGAAUCGAUGAGGAUGUUGUCGGGGAAACAAAGUGUAUAUUUAAAAAAAAAAAAGGAAUUGCAGGGUUUUAUCCAAAUAAAACUGCCGCAAUGGAAGCGUAUCCUGAUCACCCGGUCGCUGGCCAUUCUGCCCACCCUCGCAGUCGUCAUCUUCUCCGGCGGAAUCGAUAAUAUUUCGAGUUUGAACGACUUUUUGAACUGUCUUCAGGUCGGUUCGGAUUCCGGGAUGUUCGCAUUCUAAUCCAAUGAUAUUUCAGUUGAUCCAAUUGCCGUUCGCCUUGAUUCCAGUCCUCACGUUCGUGUCGGACAGGAAUAUUAUGCACGAGUACAAGUUGGCAAGGUAUUCUGAACAUUUGUUAUCGACUUUUUAGUUGGAAAAUGACAGAUUUGUGACUAAAAACUGACACGAUUGUCAUUUGGAAAUUGGAGAUUUAUAAAUACAAGGGGGCUUUAUGAGAGUUUUGAAAAGGGCAUAUUAGUUCAACUUUUAGUUAACUAGGCUUACUGACGAGACAAAAGGGCAAGUAGAAUGGCAUAUUUUUAAUGUUUCAUCUUGUAGCAAUUAGUUUUUCACUAUUCUUUUAACGUUUAUUGUUUUUCUUCAUUCUGUUUAUCAAUCUCUAGUAGCGUAAAGGUAUACCACAAGUUUCAAGUUAGAUUGAAACAGAAAGAAUAGUGUCAAACGUUUAAUGUUUCAUCAUUAUGUUAUUGCCAACUGUUUCAACGUAAUUGAGGAUGUCGUUUUCCGCGUGAACCUUUUAAUUUUGAGAUACAGUAGAAUUCUAUCAAGCAAUAUCUUAAAAGUUGGCACAACAGUGUUACAUUGAAAUAUUGGAACACAAAACAUGACUAUGCUGUGAAUUAUCACUUUCCUCAUCCAAUCUCUGUCCAUUUCAGUGUCUCCAAAGCCGUCGCCAUCGCCAUCUCCCUCAUAAUUCUAAUAAUCAACUUUUAUUUCCUCUACUCGUGGAUCGGCUCCACGUUCGGCUACAACGACGUCUCCGUUCCGAUCACCAUCGUCUUCGCCGUCAUUUACAUCGUGUUCAUCGCCUAUUUGGUACUUUUUCCUCGCCCCACACUACUCCUAAACCCCUCUUUUCCAGACCUACUACUGCCUCGUCGCCAUGGAAUUCAUUCCGCGAAUCAAUUCGGUCUGUUUCGAAGGCGUUCAUUGUAUUUUCAAGGCGAAAUCUUUCAGAAAUGGCUUGCCGAGCCGUUGUACUACGAUUUCGACGCGCCGUGGCUCGAAACCGAUCCGAAAUUGUCCAUUUCCACAGAUUCUCGCUACUAA